AUGCCGGGCCAAAAAGAUCCCAAGAGAAUCAAGAAGGGCCGUGCUAAGCCGCCCCUGUGCCCAUAUUGUCAGCGUUCUUUUUCUCGCGCCGAACACCUGCAGCGGCACGUCAGAAGUCACACCAAUGACAAGCCGUUCUCAUGUGACAUAUGUUCGAAAUCGUUUGGCAGAAAUGACCUGAUGAUCCGCCAUAAAAGACUUGUACACCCACCACCACCUCUUCUUGUACAUGGACAAAAUGAGGGGCUGGCGGAUCGAAGACAAACCCCACUUGAUGUUAUGCCAAUUCCAGCUGAGCACUCAAUAGCUGCUAUUCACAGCCAAAACAUGUUGCCUUGGGUGGAGCAAUCACUCCAAAUACGUGAAAGGGAUUGGGAGCAUCCUACUGAAGCAAAUUCCAACGUACAAAGGCUCGAUUCUUUUGAUGAGGAGUCGAUACCUUGUCCAAUAAUGAAACCAAUCGAAGAUCCAAUGCAAAAUUUUGCCGAUUUCAUUGAAAGUAUCGGCUUUUCAGAAGGGUGGGCACCCGAUGGACUUCAAUCAAUUGAUCAAUUUAUUUUGCCAUUUGACCCUGUGGCUGCGUUACAAACGGAAUUUCGAAAUGACACAACCACUACAGAUGAUGUAGAGGAUCAUUCAUCACACGGACAUGUCCCCGAAGAGAACUUCUUAUCUAAUUUCGGGUCCCGUCUACCGUCCUUGCAGCCAGAAUCGGGCGAGCAAGAAGACAGAUCCCAAAGGUCAGGUGGGGCCAUCGGAAUUCAGCUCACUCGGAAUAUCCGCGAGGCUGAUUAUCGGUCUUUUCUAAAAGGGCUGAACUAUUUCCAGUGCGUUUUGCCUGGAGAUUUCUCUGCCCCUUCAAAGUUCAAAUUAUCUCGGUUUUUUCAUGGUUUUAUCGAUGGCCUCAACGAGCACCUUCCCUUUAUUCAUACCCCGACGCUGCGGAUUGGAAGUUGCAAUCCAGCGCUUGUGCUUGCCAUUGCUGCCUGUGGGGCACAGUACCGCUUUGAGGGCGAAGAAGGGUUGACUUUGUUUUGUGCAGCACAAGCAAUAAUCUUGGAGAUCCUGAGACAAAGAAGUUAUGGUACGUCACCAAACCUUCUAUCGAGCUCGUUGCUUUCCACUUGCCGUGGGGUAGCCGGAUUUUGGUCGCAUUCUCCCGAUCGCUCUGAGCAAGAGUCUGCCGAGCUGAUGGAGGCUAUGCAGGCAAUUCUACUGCUGGUCAUCCAUGCAACCUGGGGAGGCGAUGCUAGGGCGGCACAAGAAUCGAUGACUCUGCAAGGUAAUCUUGCAUCGCUCGUCCGUGUCCAUGGGCUUGGGGAAAAACCGGCCUUCGAAAUCACCGAUCGCACAAAUGAUGUUGACUGGUGUCGUUGGGCCAAAGAAGAAUCUAACAGGCGAACGAAAUUCGUCGUUUUCUGUUUUCUCAACCUCCACUCCCUUAUGCAUAACACACCCCCGUUGAUUCUCAAUUCUGAUCUGGGGCUCAAUAUGCCCUGCUCAGCCGAAGUCUGGACAGCGCAAAGUGCAAGUGCGUGGGGACUGGUGUACGAAAAGGCCCAAAACAGAAAGCAUUCAUGUUUCCAAGAAUCGAUUUCUUUGCUCUUUAAGGCGAAAGAAAGCUCAGCCGGUGGUGAAAUGGCUUGCACUGCUUUUGGAAAUCAUAUUCUCUUACAUGCCUUGUCCCAGCAACUUUUCUUUGCUCGUCAGUUAUGUCGGCUUCCACUGGAGCAGGGGACUCAUCGGCAUCACAUAACCGGAAUGGAUGCCGUGCUUCGGACAUGGAAGUCCUAUUGGAAGCAGACACCGGAGUCCAGCACCGACCCACGCAAUCCCUCCGGUCCCAUUGCAUUCACUUCAGCGGCACUUCUGGGACAAAUCUAUGUGCGACUGCAAAUUGAUCUUGGACCCCACCGUGCUUUGGUGACGAGGGAUCCUUCAGCAAUCGCACAGGCCCUGGCUGGUGCACCCAAUGAUGUUGUGCGUGGUCCUGGAUUUAUCACAGCACUUCUCCAUGCAGUUCAUGCUUUGUCGAUUCCCAUACAGCUUGGAAUUGGCUUCGUAGCAAGAACUUAUUCAUUUCACUGGAGCGUACAGCACUGUCUCAGCGCUCUUGAAUACGCUCAUCUUUUGACAACGUGGCUUCGGUCCCUCCCUAAUAUGGGACUGAAAAUCGACUGGAAUUGA